AUGGAGAGUGCAGAAUGUGCUUCGAAAGGUAAGUUUUACAUAUUUGGAAGGUUUUUAGUGUAAAGUUGCACUUUACACUAUUGUGAUGACUGGCGAAUUCACACGAAUCAGUCAUUCAUUCAGUCAGUCAUAGAGUAAACUUUCCGGGGGAUGCAUACAUGGGCGUAAUUGUUGGACAAAUAAAGCCAGUCGGGCAAUAUUCGCUUCACAGUCGGGCAAUAUUGGCUUAUUAUAAAAUUUUGUGGGAAAUUCUGUCAAUUUUGUGGAAAAUAUGCUAUCUAAUAGGAAUUUUUCGUAAUCACUCCUCCCCCACCUCCCCGUCGACAACAAUUUUGGAAGGUUUGUCCGGAAAAUUUUUUUUGACAACUCGGGCACAAUCCGAAGAAGUCGGAUAAAUUUCUUUCCGCCCCCCUAAUUUUUUCCUUCCCGUACGCCCAUGGGUGCAUAGGAUUUAUGUUUGUAGUGAUUUAUUGUACUUUAUCAGUGUUUUGAAGGUUAUUUAGGCAAUUUCAAUUGUCUUAUUUUACAGUCAAUUUCAGCUGACUUUUCAUCGUAAGAUUCCGAACUUCGUUCCGAACUUCGCGAAUUCGUUGCCAAGUUCAAAAGUUCAUAAUGAAGUUCACAAACAGGUUUGUAAACUGGGCUGGUUUGAUUUAAUAGCCAAUCAGAGGCUUUGUUUACAAACCUGUUUGUGAAUUUCAUUAUGAACUUUUGAACUUGGCAACGAAUUUGCGAAGUUCGGAACGAAGUUCGGAAUCUUACGAUGAAAAGUCAGCUGAAAUUGACUGUAAUAUUCUUUUGUCAUUUUGCCAAGUUCACAAAUAUUUCGAGGAAUCAUUGUCGUUAUUGUAAAUUUUUGUAAAUUUUCGAACAUUCGCUUCUCAUGCUGUGUAAAGGAUCUUUCCCCCGGAACACCCGAUUUUUUCCUUAGCCGCUCAUAUGCGCAUGCGCUAUCAAGCCUUAGAUCAACGAUGGCGUGACGAUGCUACCGAAGGAGCGACACAGUGUUGUAGUUUCAAAUAUAUAAAUAUUUCAGACAUGAAUAUUAAGUAAAUCUUUGACUGAUCUACGCAAGAUAUAAAUUGAUGAUAUGCAUUAUGGGCAUUCAAUCAAGUACCGAUAUUAUUUAGACGAUAUAUUCAUUAUACAUGCAGAGCUGGGAAGGAGCUAGACAGUGCUUUUUUUUCAAAUGUAUAAACAUUUCAGACGUAAAUAUUGAGAAAAUCUUUGAGAUUCGCGGCAUUCAAUUAAGUGUCGAUAUUAUUUUGACGGUAUCUUCAUUAUACAGAGCUAAGAAGCAGCGAUACAGUAUCAAUUGUUUUCAAAUCUAUAUAAAACAUUUCAAACAUGAAUAUUGAGAAAAUCUUUGAGAUUCUACAGUUGUACGCCAUAUAUAAAUUGAUGUUUUGCAUUUUACCGGCAUUCAAUUAAUAUUUUAAGUGCCGAUAUAUAUAUUGUUUAGACCGUAUAUUCAUUAUACAUCGACUGUAUAAGGUGCUACACUGCUACACCACAGAAUAGAUGGCUACAUUCAGUGCAAAGAGCGAAAAAUUGCAUCAGUCAGUAGCAUAAACAACUAUUAAACAGUUAAUUAAUUUUCCAACUCAGGGGAGUAACACUCUAGACAAAAUCCUUACAAAUUUGCAUUCCUUUUAUAAAGAUGCGAAUCGCCUUUCACCGUUUGGACUUUCGUAUCACUGCACAAUUACAAUUCUCCCAAAAGAAAGAAUUAAAACCAAGUCAGAGCCCAGUAAAGUUUCAGUACGAGAUCUAAGACCAGCAAAAAAGAACAACUUGGCCGUUUUCUUUCAGGAAUCGAUUGGUCAGUUUUAUCAACAGAUUCAGUCGACAGCCAAGCUGCUUUAUUUAAUGAUUUGAUUCAGCUUGGACUUAACAAUAUCAUGCCUGAGAAAACACGAGUAAUUCAUCGGAACGAUGUUACAUGGAUGACAAAUCAUCUGAAAGAGUUAAUUGUCAAACGCCAAGCAGCUUGGGCACAAGGAAAUCAAACACUUUUCAAGUUUUAA